AUGAUUCCAUGGUUAUUGGGAAUGAGUUUAUCACGGAAUCGAGCGGAUGAAACAGAUGAUAACCGAUAUUUAGAUAAUACUGAUACAAAUUCUCCACCACCAGAAGAAAUGUUUUUGCAGUCGUUAGAUCAUCCUCAUUUCCCAUCAUUAGAACGUUAUCUUGGAGCAGAUGAUUAUUUUGAUUAUAUUAAAGACGAUGAUCCGUAUGAUACAAGGAAAAUGAGACAACACAGUAAACAGUGUUAUCAUCCUGAUCAUGAUACCGAGCGUCCAGCACAUUCAACAGAUUGUCGUCCUGCUUCGCUAGAUGUUUCAUCUCGUAUCCAAGGUUUUCCGAUCGGUGGUUGUUUAUGUACAAUACAUAGAAAAAAUCAGCAGAAAAUUGAUCGCCACCGUCCAAGCAUGGAUGACAUUACAAUUGGUACUCAAAGCAGCAAUUUUAUCAUUGAUGAUACGCGUACACAUGUGAAUCGAAUUCUUGAACAAGCUAAUAUUAGUCCGAUUAAUUCUUAA